UGACAUUUAUAUUUUUAAGUAUUUAUAUGUAAAUAUAGCUGCUAUAUGGCUGUAAUUGAUAACAUAACACUGCAAAAAUAUGUUUGCUAUGUAUUCAAGGAUUAGAUGCGGUCAAUUAUACUCGUGACGGUACCAUUGAUAGGUAAUCAGGCUACAUUUCUAUAAACGAUAAAUGAAUUUAGGUGAUCCGGUUUGUCAGAUGGGGUUUCUGGUGGUCGGAUUGUUUGGUAAAUCCGUGUUAUGUUGAAUUGAUGAAGACGAGCAGACGGAAUUGUAUCUACAUAAAUUGAAUGUGACAAGACGGAAAACUGGAUAUGCGGAUUAAUUUUAUUCUAAUAAACAGUUUGUAAAACAAGUAACCUAUGAAUGAAAUAUAUUCAAUAGCCAAGGAUAAGUAGAGUGAAUUAUAUAUAAAGGAAAGCAUUAGUUCAAGUAAAUUAUGAAUUAAUGACAUAUAGUAGUAAAUACUACGAAUAUAUAAUCGUAACAAAUGAUGAAUUAAUGACAUGAAUUAAGUACAGAAUGAAUCAAAUCCUGACAAAAUGACCAAAAAAAAUGAGCAGAACAAAAUAGCGUGAAGUAGUCAUGGGUGAGCUGAAUAAAUCAUAUUCCGAUAAACAAUAGGCAGAACAAAAUAACGUGAAGUAUUCAUGGAUGAGCUAUAUGAAUCAUAUCCUGACAAAAUGACAAAAAAAUAGCAGAUCAAAAUAGCGCGAAGUAGUCAUGGAUGAACUGAAUAAAUCAUAUUCUGAUAAACAAUAAGCAGAACAAAAUAACGUGAAGUAGUCAUGGAUGAGCUGAAUGAGUCACAUUCUUAUAAAAAAUUAGCGGAACAAAUAAAUGAUGAAUUGAAGAACGAUCUAUUACCAGUGACUAUUUUUAUAGGCGUUGAAAUUGUUCUAGGAUUUGUUGGAAACUUCCUAGUUCUAUAUGUGUACUUGUUUCGUUAUCAUCAGUGUAAUUUUAGAUAUUUUGUUCUAUGUUUAGCUGUGAUAGACAUCACAAGUUGUCUAACUUCGAUGCCAGGGGAGCUAAUCAAUCUGACUUAUUGGUAUGUGUAUCCAGGACGAGAAAUAUGCAAAGUGAAAUCGUUUUUCAACGUGUUCACAGCGUGUUCAGAAGGUUUAUGUAUACUGGUUAUUGCUAUAGACCGAUAUAGGAAAGUUUGUCAGCCCUUAGCAUGGCAAAUAACACAGACAAGAGCAAAAUAUCUUUGCUACGCAGUUUAUGGUACCGGGCUCGUGAUGUCUGCGCCGUAUAUAUUCCUAUGGGGAACCAGUACUCAUCCAUACGGGUAUAAAAAUAGAACAGUAACUAUGACAACUUGUGGAAAAGAUGCGGACUUCAAAGAUACGGUGUAUCCACUCAGGUAUUCAAUAGCGGUCGAGGUAAUUAUGUCAUGCUGCCUGAUUACCAUGCUUGUACUAUAUAUCUUUACAGCAAGAAGACUUCUAACGAAACGAAAAGAACUUGUUGCGUGUCUGCAAGCACUAAAUUCCUCAAAAUCAAAUAUACUUGCAGGAACAAGUAGUGCUACGUCAGGUGACAAUAUAGAUGGCGCAGAAACCGAAUUGAAGAAAUAUCACUCCGCCCAUGUAAAAAGUAAGUCGGUUGCAGUUGCAAACUCCAAAUUUCGUGAAGGUGCCUAUACAGAAGAAGUUGCAAAAUUGCGUGUGCAACGCGAAAGAGGAAAAGUUGACGCUCGGAUUCAAAGAAUGACGAUUAUAAUGUUGAUUUUGACAAUAGCUUUUAUCAUAACCGCUGCUUUAUACCUAGGACUACUUUUCUUUAUUGCUGGAUCUAGAGAAAAAAUUGUGGAUGAAAUGAGCAACGGGCAAAAAGCGGCUUUUUUCUUUUUCUUGCGCCUCUAUUUCAUAAACCACGUGAUAAAUCCGAUCGUAUUUGUCUCCUUAGACCCGUAUUUCCGCAAAGUGUUGAAAAAUCUGAGAAAAAGACUUUACCGGACAUGCACUUGCAAAUGAGUUGGGACUGAAAUGUCUUUUACAUUUUUAAGAACAUUUUAAUGAAAAAUUGAAUAAAGUCAUAUUGACGUUGAUCAUGUAAUAAACAUUUUCCAUUUGUAUUUUAAUAUGUCUCCUAACGGAUGUUCGCCAUCAAAUAGAUGUACCUUUUCAUUUCUGGGUUCUGGGUUUUGACUCAAAACAUUUUAAUUGUAUCACAAAUGGUGUAUGCUAGUAAAGAAACGUGUGUGAUUCAGUGGAGCAUGACAUUUCGUCGAAUACGACAGAUCAUUGAUAUGACAUUCUUGGACAUGUUGUCAAAUAAGAAACAAUGUCGAUUUUCGUCAGAGACUUUCAAUAUUUAUCAUAAAUGUACCUCGUUGAAAAGCUUGAUCACUCCUGUGUGAUUUUAUGUUAUUAUAUUUUUGCUAAUGGUAUUGUAUCUAAUAACACACUUCAAGCAUAUACUUUUGAAUUGAAUUGUAUUGUAUGUAACAAUGACAUGCGAUAUACUGCUUGUUGUUUCAUUUUGUUUUCGCUACUUAAAUGCUUAGUACCCGAUUGUUUGAAUGCAUUUCAUUAUAUCAGAUUAAACAAAAUUUGUAAAUUU